UGCAUCUUCAAGUGGUAAACAUUCGCGAGGUUUUAUUUCGUUUUCGUCAAAAAAAUUGAAAAAUAUGGAAUCUUUUCCGUCCAAAGACUACGCGAUUGUUAUAAACGAUGUCAGCUCGGUGUGCCGGUGCUGUUUGGAGUCGGAGAAGUUGCAGGAGAUCUUUGUCGAUGGCAGUGAGGAGCUGAAUUCCGAAGUGGAAGAAGUGCUUCGUCCAGCUUACAUACCGGUGAGCCACGACGACGGUCUGCCGAACUUGAUCUGUGGUUCGUGUGCAGAAAUGCUCCGGAAUUGGCAUCGGUUCCGGUUAAAAUGUGAGGAGUCGUACCAGCUGCUGGAACGGCUGCAAGAUUGUCCCAUCGACGUACUCGAGGAGGCGGAGAAAGUCUUCGUGGAUUCCACGGUAGUGACGAUAUCGGACAACGUAGAUGACGAGGAGCAGGAGAUAUUCGUUCAGACUGAUGCCGUUGAUUUGCUUAAACAGAAAGAGAUGGACCUGGCCUCGGAUCGGGAGCAGCCGGCCCUGGACCCCGUAGAUGUACUAAAACAGGAUCAUGAGGAUGAAAAUUUCGGUGCAGCGAGUUGUUGUUUAGAUAUCAAAGUGGAACAAGUUCCGCUAGUAGAGACAUUCUAUCGGGCUAAGCUGGUCGAAAAGCAGGUCAUUGGAGGCAAAAAGAAACGCUACGUUUACCAUCGCCAGUGUCCAAUCUGUGGUAUCGUGUUGAAACGAGGCCUCCGGGAGCACAUAAUGAUCCAUAAUGAUCCUACGGGACGGCCGUUCAAGUGCGAUAGCUGCGAUAAGACAUACUGCCGGAAGGAAAACUUACGGCAGCAUCAGGAACGGGAACAUCUACAGAUCCGUCAUCCGUGUGACAUUUGUGGAAAAAUCUUUAGCACAAGAGAUGUGCUGAAUGCCCAUCGAAAGCUGCAUACUACCGAAAAUUUCAAAUGUGACCAGUGUGACCAGGAAUUCAAGUCGAACAAAUAUCUAUACAAACACAAGCAGAAACAUUUGGGUGUCAAGAAGUUCAUCUGUGCAUUCUGCGGGAAAUCCUUCCUGGUCGGCGAGUACCUGAAGGACCAUCUGCGGAUACAUACAGGAGAGAAACCGUUCGAUUGUAAAAUAUGCGGUAAACUUUUCCGUACGACGAAUCAUCUAAGGCAGCACAACCGUACCCACUCGGUUCCGAUGACUUCCGAGCAAGAAACCUCUGCUGAUGCAGAUGCCAGUUAGAGAAUGCUUUGUACUUACGAGGGUAAGCUGCAGCUCAGUUGA